AUGGCGGACGUGGUUGCUACCCAUGCUGGCAAUGUCGUAAGGGCGAUUGCUGAAGGGGGGGCACACGACUCGAUACACUUCGGAAGGCAGUCGAAAUGUGGUAGCAAGACCAAGGGUUCUUAUGAUACACCGUUGCACGUUCUCGCGUUGAUAAUAGUGUUAGCUUUGAGCACGUUGGCUUGUGGUUUUCCAAUUCUCGUCCGACGGGUGCCUCAAUUGAAGGUGCCGCAUCAGUUUUUGUUCUUAGCAAGGCAUUUCGGAACCGGAGUACUGCUGGCGACGGCUUUUGUCCAUCUCCUCCCUACCGCUUUUAUAUCUUUAACCGACCCAUGUCUUCCCAAAUUUUGGACCGAAACUUAUCCGGCUAUGGCUGGUGCCAUCGCUCUUGCUGCCGUAUUCUUCGUCGUCACAAUCGAAAUGAUAUUUAGUGGGUUUGGUGCAGCGACACACAGCCAUGGAGAUUUCGAGCAGAUAGUUGCGCCUUCAUCACCUGCCCUACGGCCAGACCUUCACCCCGACGAAGACCCCGAAUACCAGACGAAUGGAGAGGCAGCUAGUAGUCUGCUUGGAAAAUCGUCACAUAAGAGAACCAGAAGCGGGAGUAUUAGUAUGCAGUUGAAUAGGAUUUCAUCAGAGCAGGAUGGUGACGGGAUUGCACUCGAAACGAUCCUUUCCGACUCAGAGGAUGAGGGUAGUUCCUCAAAUGGUGCGGCGAAACGAAGGAAUCCAAAACAACAUGAUAAUCAUCUUCCAAGUAUCGACCAGAUGUCUCCGGCAGAAAUCGCACAACAGAAGAAGAACCUGCUCCAGGUGGUAUUGUUGGAGGCUGGUAUUCUAUUCCAUAGCGUAUUUAUCGGCAUGGCGCUGAGUGUGGCUACUGGUUCGAACUUUAUCGUGCUACUUAUUGCUAUUUCAUUUCAUCAAACAUUCGAAGGAUUGGCAUUGGGUGCUAGAAUAUCUGCUAUCACGAUAUUUCCUGAGGGAUCUCUGAAGCCAUGGUUGAUGGCACUGGCAUAUGGUACUACAACUCCAAUCGGGCAAGCUAUUGGUCUUGCGACGCAUACUCUUUACGACCCGGCUAGCGAGGUUGGACUGUUGAUGGUCGGUAUCAUGAAUGCUAUCAGUUCUGGACUGCUUCUAUUUGCGUAA